CCAUAAGCGCAGAAUUUGUAUGAAUAGGAAGCUUGAUUUGGAAAGAACGGUGUUUGUACGCAGCACAAAUUUUGUACAUAGUUUACGAGGCGUACAUUAUUGUUUCCUGUUUUUGUUGUAAUAUUAAUCUCUGAUCCUGAUAGAAGGUAGACGACUUGAAUGAUGUGGACCGCCCACACUUUGACAGAAGCGGAUGCGUGAGCACAGCAACAUAUACCGCAUAUUUAUAUCAAGAAUACUCAUUGUUUGAACGAUGGUUAUGCUGGGACUAUCAAAGUUUUUGAUUUUAAUGUUAGUGGUUAGUAGUUUGGCACAAGAUUAUUACGAACUUCUAGGUGUAACAAAAAGCGCAAAUGACAAAGAAAUAAGAAAAGCCUUUAAAAAACUAGCUGUAAAAAUGCACCCCGAUAAAAACAAGGGCGAUCCAGAUGCUCAUGCGAAUUUUGUGAAGCUCACAAAAGCAUAUGAAGUUCUAAAAGACCAGGAGUCCCGAAAGAAAUACGAUCUAUUUGGAGAAGAUGGUGUAAAAACAACCGGACAGCAAACAUAUCACUCCUGGAGUUAUUACCGGGAUAAUUUUGGCAUAUAUGACGACGACCCCCAGAUUAUAACACUGAACGGUGCCGAUUUCGAGGAAAGUGUUCUUGGGUCAGAUGCUCUCUGGUUCAUAAACUUCUACUCUCCGAUGUGCUCCCAUUGUCAUACUUUGGCUCCUGUGUGGCGUCGGCUGGCACAAGAACUUGAGGGUGUUGUUCGGUUUGGUGCUGUCAACUGUGAAGAGGAAUGGGUUCUUUGUCGUCAAGAACAGAUUCAUUCAUAUCCUUCACUGUUCCUGUACCCAAUGAGAGAAAGAUAUGUUGGUGAUCGUGAGAUGCCACAACUAAAAGAGUUUAUACUGAAGAGACUGCAAGUCGAAAUUAUUAAGAUUGAUGGUGAUACUUGGAAGAUUUUGUCAAAUCCAGAUGACCAGUACCAGGGCAUUCCGUGGGUUCUCUUCUUGCUUGAUGGAACAUCAGACAUUGAACAAGAGGAAGUAAGGCUCAUAGUAGCUGCCAUGUUGGAAGGCUUGGCUCUUGUUGGAGAGGUGAACUGUGUGGUGAGUCAUGCAUUGUGCCAGGAAGUUUCUGGUGGCCGAACACAUCCUAUUGGCUUAAUUAUCUUUUGGAAGAACAAGGACUCAUUGUACCCACUUGACACAGUGACUUCAGCAAAAGAUAUUACUGAACAGGUGCUUUCAUUUCUCCCACAUGCCACAGAAUUUGAUGCUGAGACAUUUGAGGAUAUGCGUACGCAACUCCGUUUAGAUCCAGAGGCACCAUUCUGGCUGGUACACUUUUAUGCAGGGGUCGAGGAUGUAAAGCAGUCACUAGACUUGAAAAGAUUGCCCGCACUUGUUGGGGACAUAAAACUUGGCAGGUUCCACUGUGGAAGGGCUGUAGAUGCUUGCCGUGCACUACCAGUGUCUCGAUAUCCACUGUUUGCACUGUUCAAGCCUGGCGGUGGUCAUGAAGUGCAUCAUGGUCGUGAGACAGCAUACGAUAUAGCAACAUUUGCCAGACACAGUCGUGCAGCUCCCUACAUGCGAUCGAUAACGCCCGAAGAGUUCCUUCAGCAGACUCAAGAAGGUGGUUCCUUUUUUGUCGACUUCUUUGCACCAUGGUGUCCACCUUGCUUACGCUUGCUGCCAGAGCUCCGAAAGGCUAGUGGUACAUUGGGUGGCAGUGUAACUUUUGCAACUCUGGAUUGCUCUCAGCACGCAGCUUUUUGCCGUCAACAGUCCGUACGCUCCUAUCCGACUACAGUGUUGUACAACCAUACUGGCACACAUCCACAUUUCUUCCAUGGGAGGACAGCAAGUGAUCUGGUUGACUUCAUAAGAGAUGUGCUGCAUCCAGUAGUUGUGGAACUGACAGAGAAGAACUUUGAGUCUACAGUUGCCAGUAAACCAGUCGACCAUAUGUGGCUUGUUGACUAUUUUGCUCCAUGGUGUGGUCCUUGCCAGCAACUGUCUCCCCAAUGGAGAAAGCUCGCCAAGCUUUUGUCUGACCAACGAAACAUUCAUAUUGGAGAAGUCAACUGUGAGCGUGAGCCAUCAUUGUGUGUGCAACAGGGUGUCAGAACUUAUCCAACAAUUAGAUUAUACCCUUUUGGUAGCGUUGGACUUGCCACAUUUGCGAUGUAUUCAGGAUAUCAUCGUGAUGCACGUUCCUUGCGACAGUGGGUGUACAACUUUUUGCCAUCUUCUGUGGAAUCACUAACCCCUGGCUUGUUUGAGGCCAGAGUUCUCAGAGACACAGGUGAAAUGUGGCUUGUCGAUUUCUAUGCUCCAUGGUGUGGCCAUUGUGUCAGCUUUUCACCAGAAUUCCAGUUAGUUGCACAGAAACUCGAAGGGCGCGUGCGGUGUGCAAAAGUCGAUUGCGAAAAAUAUCGCAACCUUUGUGUGCAGCAGCAAGUGAAUGCAUAUCCUACAGUGAUAUUCUACCCGGGCAGACGUGAAAUUUCCAGCCAGUCAGCAGAGCAGAUAAUUCGUCGUGUUGAGGAGUUCAUUGCAGACUUGCAAAGAGAUGAUAAAUAUAAUAGACAUGAUGAAUUUUAAACUUAGCAAAAAGUAACAACUAACAUAAUACAUAAAAAGAAAGGCCCAAAAGUAAGACAGAUGCAUUGCAUUCAGCAACUGUUCCAACUAUCUUGGCGUUACCAUAUAAGCUUUCCAGUAUUGUGGCACAACACAGUAAUGAAGACACAAACGCUGUUUACUACAGUGUUCAAGUAUACUAUGUAUCAUACUUUUGUAUGAACGUGUUAUGUCAGCAGCUUGCUAUAGGCAGAAAAAGAAUCUAAUGUGAUUGAAUUAUUAUUAUUAUUAUUAUUAUUAUUAGAUCUUUGAUACUGAGAUCUGCAGUCUGUGAUACAAUUACUCAUAUUGCAACAAACUAUUUUGUACAUUGGUGUUACUAUGGUAAUUAACAGAGUAAGUGGUUUCAAUGUGUUGUACUUCACACUGUACAUCACAUACUAGUUUUCACGCUUAAUAAUAAGCUUUUGCAAGAACCACAAAGUUGCUGUAAAGUUAAUAUAAUAGAUUCCCUAAAAUGCAAACGUGAUAUUCUGUGUUGAUUACAGUUCCUUAAGAGUGGUUCCUGUCUUUUCUGUACUAAUUUUUGUGAAAAUUUAUAUAAGUAUCACACAAGUUUUAUCUGAAUAUUAUUUAUACUUGUUUGCUGUAUUUCCAUUAUUUCACCAGACAGAGGGAACAGAAUUCUGUAGUGUAGUUUCCAAAAAAUAGAGAUUUGGAGGGUGAUGUACUUUACUACUCAGUACAGCAUUCAGUGAUCUGCUGCUCAUUCUGUUAGCAGUUGUAAUAUUUUUUUAUCGAAUAUUCCAUUAUUUAUAAAGCAAACACAGCCUGUGUAGUGAAAUUAGCAAUUUUACGGGUACCUACAGAAUGUAUUCACCAUAUCAAAUUUUUGGGAGUUAGUUUAUCAUUAUUUUACUGAUAUUGGAUUUAAAUGUAAUUUCACAGGUAUAACAGAAGUAUUAUUGUGUGUGAAUCUCAUUCCCUAUGUUUUGUGGUAUAACUCUGUUAACCUGUUGCUGUCUGAUUGGUGCCAUGGUUGAAAAAAUGGCAGUCACUAUUCUGUGUCAUUGAAAUAAUCAUUCUUUGUGAUUUGGGCUCCAGAAAUAUUUCAUAUUUCUCAUAGCUCUCACCUACUGGGCUUCCAAGCUUUUCUGGAUGAAAACUGAUAUUGUCAUUUAGAGUAUGAACAUGAUAAAAAUACACACUCUCACUACUAUAAACAAUAUCCAGCUGAAGUAAAGCUCUUCAUUGAGUUUUUCUGGCAUGUUCUUGAACUUUUCCUUCGUCUGUUUAAGAAAUUGAUAAAAUUAUGCAUGUCAAGUCAUUACCACCAUUAGUUGAAUUUCCACUAUUGUUUAGGACACACAAUUCUUCAUUUAAUCAUUCAUGCUUCAUGUUUCGUAAAGACCAUCAUGAAGGAGAGCCCUUGGGAGUAUGUAAUACAUUAAGUAUUAUUAGUAUAUUCCCUCAUGUGUCUUAACAUUAUUUCAGAAUCUAACCUGAAGUAACAAAACAUGUGAAGUUAAACUUCUUUGAAAAAAAAAAUGAAUGUUUAUCUAGGGAAAAACAAGAAAAAAUCCUGAAACUUAAUAAUUUCUCAUUUGUCGUCAAGCAAAAUAUUUAAAUUUAAUUUCGCUGACCGUUUAGCAACUUAUGAGACUAAAUUGGUAAUAUGAAUUAAUCUUUUAAGAAUCCAAUAAUGAAUGUUGUUUUGAAAUGUCUGUAUAAUUUUAUUUGAAAUUACACUAUCAUACAUUAGAUAUUUCAAUAUUUGUUGUAUUUAAGCCAUUGAAUGAUUAUUGUGGCAAGGGAAAUCUCAAAUUCUAAAGUAGCUCUCUCUAUCUAUUUCACGUAAGUUGUAAAGUGUUUCAAUCUGUAAUAACAAACUGAUUAAUCAUUAUUGCCUUGUAUUUCAUAAUACAAAAUAGCCAUUACAGUUCAUUGCCAAACUGAGAUCUGCUGUGAGGAAUAUUAGAGGGACAUAUAAUACUUCCAGGAGUUGUUUCCAUAUCAUCAUGUAUGAUACCACCUUUACAGUAUUGUUCUCACAUAAUUAAAAAAAUUGGACUGUAAUGUCUGAAAAAUUAUUUUAGUAUAAUGAUGAUUUUUAUUGGUCUUUAAUGUAAUAAUUUAUUUUCACAAGGAAAUUGAUUUAAUUCUGCUUAAUAUCAUGGGGCCUGCUCAUUCUUUCCCAUCAUUUUUUCACUAAUAUUCGUGUAGUUGUCUGUGUAAUAGGGACGUAAAGGGAUACAGUUUCCUGUGAUGAGUUGGACAUUCUAUUCAAGACUGAUUAUGCUGCAAAUACAAUUGACUUGGAAGGGCUCUCUUGCCCUCCACUUUGUAUGUAUAGUAUUAUUUGAACAUGUGUUUAAAUUUUGCAGUCGCCACUAAUUGUUGAAAGGUGGUGAUGGCUUCACUUCAGUGCUCUAGAGCCAUACAGUCCUAAGCACAAAAUAUUUAUGACCUGAUACUAAGGGCCAUUGACCAUACAGGGUGUACUUGAAGGUGCUCACCUUUUUUUAUACAGUUACAUGACACACAUACUGUGUUAUUGGCACUUGCGUAAAAUGGUAUAGCCGUGCUACUUUUCUGUGUUUACUGCGUAUCAUAAUUUUAUGUCUGUUAAGUAUACCCAAUAUCUUUUUAACUUAUUUUUAUUUAUUUGCUCUACAUAACUGUAAAUUUUGAUGUUUAGAAGUUAGUACAGUUGGAAAUCACAUUACACUUACAUUUAACUUAGUUACUUUGGUUAAAUAAUAAAUUGAUAAUUAAUUAUUUGUGAAGUUGGCAGGAAAGGAGAAAAACGGGUGGGGUGGGAGGAGGAGGUCAUUGCUAAGCAUUGUAAACUGGUUUUGGCUGUUGUGUUCUUGGUAAGUCACCAUUCAGUCUUACUGUUGUUUUUAAAGACAAUUAUCACAGUAUAUUGGUAAAGUAUGAAAGCAGUGUUGCUAUUUUUCAAUGUAAACCAGACUUGUUUGUGUGUUUGGCUGUCAUUCUUAUAGACCUAUUACCUGCAGUUUGUUUAGAAGAUGGGGAAAAGGGGGGGGGGGCAUAACGGUGAAACAUCUUGAGAAUCAGACAGAUGGUUAUAACUAUACUAAUGUAAUAGUCCUGUGAAAGUUUCACACAAAUGGUUAUAGCUAUACUAAUGUAAUAGCUCUGUGAAAGUUUUGUGGUAUGGAUGAUGGUAUGUUUGAUGGCUGUUUGACACCUGAAACUAUUCUCUCCGUUGAAGUUAAAAUGUGUAAUGUUUUUGAUGAGUUCAGUGUCUUAUUCUGAUGAAUGGUUCACAGUAAAGCUUAAAAGAUAAUGUGUCCUCACCAUUUUCCUUUUUGUUGUUUAUUUUAAUGUUUUGAUUGAUGAAAAUUUAGCAUCUGAGAAUCAUGUAUUUCCUCUUCACCAUCUGUCUAAAUAAUGUAUCUAAUUGGUGAGCUAAGGUCAACUUUCUUAUUUCUUUCAGCGCACAAAUACAUUUCUCGUGACUGCCAUUUGCUACGUGUCCACAUCUAGUGAGGUUGUGGUAAUACACUAGCAACCACUCUGCCUUGAAAAUGAUGAACAGAGUAAUAAAAUCUGUCUCAUUUCUUUGAGGUGUUUCGACUGUGUACAAUUUAUCAUUCAGUCACAACACAUCAACGAAUGAGCUAAGUAUGGAUAUGUACGCUAUUUAUGAAGGAAGUUGUACUUGUAACUGAUAAUUGCAUAGCCAGCCAACUUGUGGAUAUGGUUAAAAAGAUGCAGCAACACAAUACAGCAAUCUUAUUUAGAUCAGAACAUAAAUAAUUUCAGAGUAAAGGAGAUAAUUCACUGAAUAGUAUAAGCAUUGAGUUAUUGACAAGCAUACAAAAAAUAACAAAAACUUUUUCUUUUGUAUGUGCCUGUUAACAACUCAAUGCUUUCUUCUAUUAUUAGGUGAGUUGUCUCCUUUACAUCGAAAUUAUUUACAUUCCACCAGUACUUCCUUUAUCAUAUUUAGGUCACAACAAUAAUGUGAGGUAGUGAUAUUGUUGAAAAGUACUGUUGUAAAGAAAUGUUCAUGGAAUUAAAUACUUAAAAGCUAUUAUGAGAUAUGCUAAUCUAUGAUUAAUUCAUGUUUUGUAAGUGCUGUGUACUUUCUGUGUGGUGAAAAAAAAUUUUUUUUUUUUGUAUUAGGUUAAUGUUCCUUUGCUAUUUUCCUCUUUGGGAGAGGAAAUGGGUAGAGAUUAUGAAUCUCAUCAUUAAUGGAAGCUGGAACUUUUCAUUCCGAUGCACUUACGUGGAUCGAAGGAUUGUAUGCUUAAUGUGCAUAAAGGUAUAUUGGCACAUUCACAGUUAUGAAUAUUUGUUACAUGUUCCAUAUUGUAAAUGUUCCAGUUGUCUGUUCAGUGCAGUAAUAAUUUUCUUAUACGGUCCCAAACAUAUAGAGCUGUAAAAGAAAAUAUGUAUAUAUUUUAAA